AGCAUUCAGCGAACUUGAACUCGGAGAGGAAGCAAGCAGCCCACUUCCUAUCGUCAUGGUAACAGCAUGUGAAUGCGUUGAGCCAGAGAGAGACGGCGAUCGAGAGGGAACGGCAUCAGAAGGCACGGCUCGGUCUCCAGAGCGAAUGAAAGGUUGUGUGUUUUCAAGAAGAGCUUGAAGGAGCCAAUGGAAUAUCUCUGCAACAAAUUCAUGAGAAAGUGCUAAACUAAAAUCGAAGAUGGAAAACACAACCUUGGUUUGUUCUGGUCAGGGCUGGUGCGGCCCAAACGUUUCCACCUUUUCAUCCGAGUGGGAUGAUAAUGUAAACUCCUUUCUGAUGGCACCUGACGUGAUCAAACCCCCUCCACAGUUCCAGGAUCCAGAGGAGCCGAGCCAGGCUUCACCCACUGACUCUGCUGCCGUGACAAGACGAGAUAAAGAUGGCUUGAGCUCCCUGAAGAAAGAGCGUAGGAGUAGACCGACCAGUAACAUUGAGCUCCACAGACGCUCCUUGUCACUUUCCACCACUGUCAAUUCCAACCCAGGUGUGGCCCGACGCCGGUGCGAAAGCUACGCGCUUUCAUAUCCCAGCAGCAGCUCGGAGGACAGCGGCAGCGACAGCACCUCUGCAAGGAGGGGUGAUCGACUUCCAGAUGCAGUGCCGCGGUCUAGAUCCCGGAGCAUCGUCCUCAAGAAGGCCAAAAGGAAACCAGCUCCACCUGUACGAACAGUGUCACUGCAAAGGCUCAAGUAUUCAGAACACAAAAUACAGGGACUUCACCUCAGAAAAGAUGCCCAAAGUGUCAUGAUACUGCCAGAUCUUAUCCCAACCUCGAAGCAAGACGUUGGUAAGUGCAAAAAAUCAUCUCCCACCACUGAAGCACCUGGCAAGGUGGCACCGAAGACGUCUGUCUCUAGUCACAGAGCACUAAAUGAGCUUCGAUCCAGCGAACCGUGCAAGCCGGGCCUAGGCACCUCCGUGGCAACUCCAGUACAUGAGGGUACAUCUGGUAAUUCUGAAAUUAACACAUCUCCCUCCUCUUCCCACUCUUCCGCCUCCCAGCCCUCCAUCUCUUCACCGUCCAAACGCAUUGGGCCAAACUCUCCGUCGAGUGGCUACGCAAGCCAGUGUGAAACUCCAACUCAGUCAGUCCUGUCCUCGAUUGCCAUGGGACCUUCUCAACUGGGCUGCAGAAUGCGGCAUAAGCCUUCCGGUGUUAUUCCUCCAUGCCAAAGGGCAAGAAACCGCAAUGCAAGGCUAUCUCUUCAGCUUCCUGAGAUUCAACGUCCCACUCCUGAUCUAGAACCUUCCGCAGUUCAGCCAAAAGUGAAUCGGCGCUACUCGGAUAGCACUGAAGCCACCAGACCCAAGCAAAGGAUGAGUAACAGCCUGUUGAUAAUGCCAGUGGUUACUCAGGAGGACCUCAACAAUGUGCGUUUACGUUCAGUCAGCAGCACUGAUCUGGAGAAUGCACAGGAAACUACAAAUGACAUAAUUGAGGAGGAGACUGAAAGGGGUGGAAUCACUUUAAGCCCUACAAACAACCAAAAAGCCAAACCACCAGUGGCUCCAAAGCCGCAGAGAAACAAAUGGCCACCCAAUGCUGUGGUACAGCCACGUUGUGGAGCGGCUUCUGAUCCAGAACCGCCAGCAGUCACAGUCAGUGAGAGAUCAGAAGACAUCUACGCAAUGAUCAACAAAGCAAAACCUAAAGUGACUGUACCAUCAGAAAGUAUCACCAGUAUUGAACAAGCACAUCAUCAGAGGCAGCAGAUUUUUUUGGAAGGACAUUCUCCGCAGACGACGAGAGAAUCCCGUCAGCCACAACCCCCAUGCUCUUUUGAGCCACAGAAUCCAAAUGUGGUCCCCUUCAAUGCAACCACCUGUUGUAACCAACUUCAUAAGAAGAGAAGAGCCCCACCACCACCUCUGACAAAGACUCCAGCUGUGGACAAUUCGUUUUAUCAUGACUCAGCCUCUCUGAAGAGCCCAGAUGAAGCCCAGUCUCCAUCUAAACACUGCAAGUCUCCAAAGUCUCCAACCUCGGCAAGUCAAUAUCAUGUUACCUUAUAUGGCGUCAUUCCAACUUACCCUAUGGUCACUGAGCAACAGCACUCAAGUGAAGGAGAUCAUCCAACAUACGAUGCAGAGCAGAGGGACCGAAUGCCCGACCUUGGACCUCUACAAUUAGUAGGAGAGGAAGACGAUGUAUUUCUUUACAAGUCCAAAUCUCAAACCACGGAGGAUCUAUUCACCAUAAUUCACAGGUCUAAAAGAAAGCUCCUGGGUCGUAAAGACUCCUUUGAAAAUAAGCAAGGUGACCCUGGCACUCAGACACUCGGCAGCGGAGCUUCCAAGAUCAGUUCUCAAAAUGACAACUUCAUGGCUUUUCUGAGAAGGACGAGAAGUGCCAAGGCCGGUUGCGGUGAACGAAUCUCCGCCGCAGAGCUCCUCAGAAGCUCCAAGCCCACAGUUACCAUUGCAGCAAACAUCACCCACUGCAAAAAUAGCUAUGUACAGUCACACGGUCCAUAAAGUAUAGCUAUUUUCACAAUCGUGUUUUACGUCUAAACUAGUUUAUCAUCACAAUGCCAUGUCAAAGUUUUUGAAACAAUAUCAAAGUAUCAUAAAUAAAACUGGCUUGUAAAUAUUUGCUUUUGUUUUGAAGAGGAUCUAAAGCAGAACAUUAAGAAGUUGUUCAAACCAUAUAUCUUCCUGAAACACGUAUUGUUUUUUUCAUUGUAAUGAAUGAUAUGAACAGAAUAAUCCACAUUUGUAAAUUCAAAUAUAUCUUUAUGUGUUAAUGUAGAUAUAAAUGUUUUAAGAGUUGAGAUGCUAUCUUGAGAAAAUAUUGCAGUUCUUGUCAUAAAGUUACUGAAUAUUAAAACAUAAAUGAUUUGUUGUGUUUGGGCUUCCUGCCUUCCAUAACGAAGCAGACUAUAUCAAUGACUGUUUUAAGAUGUUCUGCUGUAGAUUUGCACAUGUUCAGUAUAUUAAAUUGCUUUUCAGAAGUAA